UGGAUCAAUACGGUCGACAGAAGUUUUAACUAUCUGGAGUGCGGAUAAAUUUUUACUGAGAGUCGUAUAGGAAUCUAUAAUCUAGUACUUUCCAAAAUACGCCGAGAGUAUUCCUGAUGGUGAAACGAGCGUUGCUUCAUCGAACGCAGCUAAAGAAAACAACAUCUAUGUAGUUGGUGGUACGAUGCCUGAAAUAGGGGGCGAUAAAUUGUACAAUACCUGUACUAUUUGGGGUCCCGAUGGAACUUUGAUAGCAAAACACCGAAAGGUACAUCUAUUCGACAUCGACAUUCCUAAUAAGAUUACUUUUCGAGAGAGUGAUUCACUCAGUCCUGGUAACUCCCUAACGACGUUCGAUGUGAAGGGCUGCAAAAUAGGUAUUGGCAUUUGCUAUGAUAUUAGAUUCGAGGAAAUGGCACGCAUUUAUCGGAACAAAGGUUGCCAAAUGCUGAUAUAUCCAGCGGCAUUCAAUAUGACCACUGGACCACUGCACUGGUCAUUACUUCAGCGUUUCAGAGCGAAUGAUAAUCAAUUAUACGUUGCCUGCAUAUCACCGGCUCGUGUUCCUUAAGCAAGUUACGUAGCAUGGGGACAUACACAGUUGACCAAUCCCUGGGGAAAGAUUCUUUACGAUUUGGAAACUCAAGAGAAUAUGGCAGUCACCGAUAUCGGUAAUUUACAGCUUAAAAUUAAAAGCGAGAGAUCCAUGAUGUAAUUAAUUUUUAGUCUCGUUAAUUUAUCGAUUUAGCCAUCUUCCUCUGUAUUUGUUGAAUUUAUUAGUAAGCAUUACUUAUUACUUCGUAUGUUUCUUUUUUCUAUCAGAUCUAAAAGUUGUUGAGGAAGUAAGGGCUCAGAUACCUACAUUUUCUCAGAGACGUACAGAUUUGUACGACACUGUCUGUAAGAAGGAGUAACUCUACACUAAAACAGAAAAUGUUUUUUUAUAAUAUUUCUACUACGAUAUCCUUUUUUUGUGAAUUAUUACUAAUUUCUUAUCAUUUGUACUAAAUGAAUGACUCAAUUAAGAAAACCAAAACGUUAUAAAUAAUAAUCUGUAUAUCUUGUGUAUCAACAUGUAAUUGGAUAUUAUAAUAAUAUAGGAAUGCUAUAAUAAUAUAGGAUAAUAAUAUAGGAGAAUAGUAAUAUAGAAAAAAACUACAUGCUUUUAAACACCUUUAAUAUCGAUCACAUAAAUUGUUAUAAUUCACAAUGAUUACGCAUACAUAAAAGACCCCUUGAUAGUAAAAUUUACGAUCAAAAGGCAAUUACGUAUCGUUUAACAACAUUUAAUUUAUAACACCUUUUAAACAUUUAGACAGAUUAACACAUAACACUUCUUAUAUAGAAACAUCAAUUCGAAGUUAUCAGCUUGGAGAAAUUGGUCGAUUAAUACCUGUAGAUUGUCUGUCUCGAUGAAAGACUUAAAGAGAGCAAAAACAUGAUAAUGCCGCUAAUAUAAUAUUCCUUCUUUCUUGUAUCUGUCUGCCUCUCAGGUCGUUUUACUAAUUACAAUAAGUAAUUUCGCCUUCUUUGCGCUCUCUUUUAACGCAUUCGAGACCGAAAGAAAUUCAUAUCAGUCAGUAGG